AGGCGGAGGGAAGGGAAGGGGCCAGCCCCGAGCAGAGCAACAGGUACCGUCCGCAGGCCCAGGGGCGGCUUCCGCGCCGCCCGGCCCCGGCCUGAGGGGCUGGAGCCGUGGGGGGGGGGGGGUCCGAGGGAACAGAGCCGUCCGCCUGCCGGCUGGAUGGCUAAGAGCUAGCAAGGCACAGUCAGGACCAUGAUGGCUCAGUUUCCCACAGCCAUGAAUGGAGGACCAAACAUGUGGGCUAUCACCUCUGAAGAGCGAGCAAAGCAUGACAAGCAGUUUGAGAGCCUUAAACCCAUAGGAGGAUAUAUUACAGGUGAUCAAGCACGUACCUUUUUCUUGCAGUCAGGUCUACCAUCAUCAGUCCUAGCUGAAAUAUGGGCUCUUGCAGACCUGAACAAAGAUGGGAAGAUGGAUCAGCAGGAAUUCUCCAUAGCUAUGAAACUCAUCAAACUAAAAUUACAAGGUCAACACUUGCCUGUGGUCCUCCCACUUAUCAUGAAGCAACCUCCAGUAUUUUCUCCUUUAAUUUCUGCUCGCUUUGGAAUGGGUAGUAUGCCAAAUCUUUCCAUCCCAACGUCUGUGCCUACAAUCGCAUCUUUAGGUCCCAUGUCAUCAUUGACCUCAGUGACUUCGAUUCCUCCCUUGAUUAUCUCUGCUCCCCUGAUGCCUUCUAUCAGUACAUCAUCAUUGCCAAAUGGAACAUCCAGUCUCCUUCAGCCUUUACCUAUGUCUUUCUCUUCAACAUUGCCUCAUCCUGGUUCUUUCAGUCCCAUGGCAGGAGGGUUUGGUGGUACUAAUAUACAGAAGGCACAGUCUCUGAUCGAUUUAGGAUCUAGUAGUUCAAAUUCUUCCUCCACCACUUCACUAACUGGGAAUUCACCUAAGACUGGAUCCUCAGACUGGGCAGUUCCUCAGGCCUCCAGAUUAAAAUACAGGCAGAAAUUUAAUAGUCUUGAUAAAGGCAUGAGUGGAUACCUAUCAGGAUUUCAAGCAAGGAAUGCCCUUCUGCAGUCAAACCUUUCUCAGACUCAGCUGGCUACCAUUUGGUCGCUAUCUGACGUUGAUGGAGAUGGACAGCUGAAAGCUGAUGAGUUUGUGUUAGCCAUGCAUCUAACUGAUAUGGCCAAAGCUGGGAAGCCUCUGCCAUUGACCCUGCCUCCUGAAUUGGUACCUCCUCCUUUCAGAGGUGUAAAAUAUGCUGAAAAUGUUAAUGGAACUCUGCCAUCUUGCCAGCGAAUGCAAGAAGAGGAGCCCCAGAAAAAACAGCCAGUUACAUUUGAGGACAAGAGAAAAGCAAACUAUGAGAAAGGAAACAUGGAACUGGAGAAACGGCGUCAAGUCCUACUGGAACAGCAGCAGAGAGAGGCGGAACGUAAGGCUCAGAAAGAAAGAGAAGAACAGGAGCGAAGAGAGAGGGAGCUGCAGGAGCAGGAGCGGAAAAAGCAGCUUGAACUGGAAAGGCAGUUGGAGAAACAACGAGAGCUGGAAAGACAAAGGGAGGAAGAAAGGAGAAAAGAAAUAGAACGGCGGGAGGCAGCAAAGCAGGAACUCGAGCGCCAGCGACGGCUGGAAUGGGAGAGAAUUCGUCGUCAAGAUCUUCUUAAUCAGAGAAACAGAGAACAAGAAGAAAUUGUCAAGUUGACCUCUAAAAAGAAGAGCCUUAAUCUUGAAUUAGAAGCCCUGAGUGGCAAACAUCAGCAGAUCACAGGCAGACUGCAAGAUGUUCGAAGCAGAAAACAAAUUCAGAAAAGGGAGCUGGAAGCUCUAGAUAAAAAAUGCGAUUUGGGAAUUGUAGAAAUCAAACAGCUACAACAACAACUUCAGGAAUAUCAGAACAAACUAGUCCAUUUAAUUCCUGAAAAGCAGUUAUUAAAUGAGAGAAUAAAACACAUGCAGCUGGACAACACUCCUAAUACAGGAAUCAGUUCAGUGAACAAGAAAUUCCUAGAAAAGGAAGAAUUAUGCCAAAGACUUCGGGAGCAAUUAAAUGCCCUAGAAAAGGAAACUGCUUCCAAACUCUCUGAAAUGGAUACAUUUAACAAUCAGCUCAAGUGUGAGAAUAUGGAUGAUUCUGUUCUUCAGUGCCUUUUGUCUCUGCUAAGCUGUCUCAACAACCUCUUCCUCUUACUUAAGGAGCUGAGAGAAAGCUACAACACACAGCACUUAGCCCUUGAGCAACUUCACAGGAUCAAACAAGAGAAAAUAAGAGCUGUAGAAAGGAAAAGAGCUGAGCUUGCACAAAAAAAGCGACUGGAGGAUGAGGCUGCAAGGAAAGCAAAACAGGAGAAGGAGAACUUAUGGCAGGAAAAUGUCCGAAAGGAAGAGGAGGAGAAAAAAAAGCGAUUACAGGAAGAGCGAAUACAGGAAAAAAUCCAUGAAGAAAAACAAAAAGCUGAGGAGGCAGCUGCCCAGGUGAGAGAGAGGGAGUUCCAGUUGCAAAAAUUGGCUGAGGAGAAACAGGAGGAGGAAAGGAACAAGCUAGCUGAGAUUCAGAGAGAAACAGAAAAACAAAGGCAGAGACAACUGGAAGAAGACAAAAGGAAGCAAGAACAGAUUGCAAAAGAAGCUGAGGAGAGGCGUAAACAGCAUGGAGAAGAGAAGAGAAGAAAAGAUACAGCCAACCUGCAAGAGUCAGAGAAACACACUUCAAAAUUAAACUUAAAUGAGAAAUUUGCAGACUUGUUGAAACAGACUGAGGGUAGAAAUCUUAAGUCUACGUGGAGAAGUGAAGGUAAUGUAGUUAGUGCCUCAGAAUCUAGGAAUUCAGCUGCCUUGGUGAAUUACAGAGCUUUAUAUUCAUUCAAAGCAAGGAAUCAUGAUGAGAUGAGUUUUAAUUCUGGGGAUGUAAUUCAGGUUGAUGAGAAAACCGUGGGAGAGCCUGGUUGGCUAUAUGGGAGCUUUCAAGGUCAUUUUGGCUGGUUUCCAUGCAACUAUGUAGAAAAAAUACCAGAAAGUGAAAAAGCUUUAUCUCCUAAAAAGGCCUUACUUCCUCCUACAGUAUUUUUGUCUACUACCUCAGCUCCUCCAGAACCACUUUCACCAAGUAGAUCAGUAGAAGACACUGAUUACCAAAAUGUACCUUUCUCAAGCCUAACUGUUAACACAACAUGGCAGAAAAAAUCCGCUUUUACUCGUACUGUGUCCCCAGGAUCUGUUUCUCCUGUUCAUGGACAGGGACAAGCUGUGGAGAAUUUAAAAGCACAGGCACUUUGCUCCUGGACUGCAAAAAAAGAUAACCACUUGAACUUUUCAAAAAACGAUAUAAUUACUGUGCUGGAGAAGCAGGAAAACUGGUGGUUUGGAGAGGUGCAUGGAGGAAGGGGAUGGUUUCCUAAAUCCUAUGUCAAGAUCUUGCCUGGAAGUGAAAACAAACGAGAGGAACCCGAAACUAUUUAUGCAGCUGUAAACAAGAAGCCUAGUACACCAUCUUAUACAAUUGGAGAGGAGUAUGUUGCACUCUAUUCCUAUACAAGCUCUGAACCUGGUGAUUUGACUUUUGCUGAAGGAGAAGAAAUACUAGUCACUCAGAAAGAUGGAGAAUGGUGGACAGGAAGCAUUGCUGACAGAAUUGGAAUCUUUCCAUCAAACUAUGUCAAACCUAAGGAUCAAGAUGGUUCUGGUACUGCUGGCAGAACUGGGACACUAAAUAAGAAACCUGAGAUUGCCCAGGUGAUUACAGCAUAUGCUGCAUCAGGGACAGAACAGCUUAGUCUGGCUCCAGGACAGCUGAUACUUAUUCUGAAGAAAAACCCUAGUGGAUGGUGGCAAGGAGAGUUACAGGCAAGAGGGAAAAAGAGGCAGAAAGGAUGGUUUCCUGCCAAUCAUGUUAAAUUGUUAGGUCCAAGCAGUGAGAGAACUACUCCUGCUGCUCUCUCAGUAUGUCAAGUAAUAGCAAUGUAUGAUUAUGCGGCAAACAAUGAAGAUGAGCUCACUUUCUCCAAAGGUCAGAUCAUUAAUGUACUGAGCAAAGAUGAUGCAGAUUGGUGGCAAGGAGAAAUCGGUGGUGUGACAGGUCUCUUUCCUUCAAACUAUGUGAAGAUGACCACAGACUCUGAUCCAAGCCAACAGUGGUGUGCUGAUCUCCAAACUCUUGAUACUAUGCAACCUAUGGAAAGGAAAAGACAGGGCUAUAUUCAUGAGUUGAUCCAGACUGAAGAGAGGUACAUGGACGAUCUUCAGCUUGUCUUAGAGGUUUUCCAGAAACGAAUGGCUGAAUCAGGCUGUCUCACAGAAGAAGAAAUGGGAUUGAUCUUUGUUAACUGGAAGGAGCUCAUAAUGUCUAAUACAAAGUUACUUAAAGCCCUGCGUGUGCGUAAGAAGACAGGAGGAGAAAAAAUGCCGGUGCAGAUGAUUGGGGACAUCCUGGCUGCAGAGCUCUCUCACAUGCAGGCCUACAUCAGAUUUUGCAGUUGCCAGCUCAAUGGAGCUGCAUUGCUGCAACGGAAAACAGAUGAAGAAACAGAGUUCAAAGACUUCUUAAAGAAACUAGCCUCUGACCCUCGCUGUAAAGGAAUGCCACUCUCCAGCUUCCUGCUGAAACCUAUGCAGAGAAUUACACGCUACCCUCUGCUCAUAAAGAGUAUUCUGGAGAAUACCCCGGAAAACCACCCAGAUCACAGUAAUCUCAAGCUUGCCUUGGAACGUGCAGAGGAGCUGUGUUCUCAAGUUAAUGAAGGCGUGCGUGAGAAAGAGAACUCAGACAGGCUGGAGUGGAUUCAGUCCCAUGUACAGUGUGAAGGACUUGCUGAGCAACCGAUUUUCAACUCCAUUACAAACUGCCUGGGUCCCCGAAAGCUCCUGCACAGCGGCAAGCUCUACAAAACAAAGAGCAAUAAGGAACUAUAUGGCUUCCUCUUCAAUGACUUCCUGCUCCUUACCUACAUGGUCAAGCAGUUUGUUUCUUCAGGGUCAGAUAAACUGUUCAGCCCCAAGUCCCACUCUCAGUUCAAAAUGUAUAAAAUGCCUGUUUUCCUUAAUGAAGUCUUAGUGAAAUUGCCAACCGACCCUUCGAGUGAUGAGCCAGUUUUCCAUAUCUCUCACAUUGACAGAGUCUACACGCUAAAAACAGACAAUAUUAAUGAGAGGACAGCCUGGGUCCAGAAGAUCAAAGGAGCAUCAGAGCAGUAUAUCGAAACCGAGAAGAAGAAACGGGAAAAAGCUUAUCAAGCACGCUCACAGAAGAGCUCAGGGAUAGGACGCUUGAUGGUACAUGUGAUUGAAGCUACAGAGUUGAAAGCCUGUAAACCUAAUGGGAAAAGCAAUCCGUAUUGUGAAAUCAGCAUGGGGUCGCAGAGCUAUUCCACCAGGACGCUGCAGGACACUUUGAACCCUAGGUGGAACUUCAAUUGUCAGUUCUUCAUUAAGGACCUUUAUCAGGAUGUGCUGUGUAUCACCAUGUUUGACCGGGAUCAGUUCUCACCUGAUGAUUUCUUGGGUCGCACUGAAGUUCCAGUAGCAAAAAUCAGAACAGAACAGGAGAGCAAGGGACCUACAACUAAACGUUUACUGCUGCAUGAGGUUCCAACAGGGGAGGUUUGGGUCCGCUUUGAUUUGCAGCUCUUUGAGCAGAAAACACUCCUUUAAGAAAACAUUUUUAUUUUAAAAGACAAAGCUGACAGCUUGGCCACCUCCACCAGAGCUGAAAGCAUUUUACAACUCAUUCAUCACCCCAAGCCAGUUACUGAGCAAGAAUUCCUGUUGCAUCAUCACUCUUCCUAAUUAUCCGUUGUAUAUGAUUUCUUUGCUGAGUCUUAAAUUGCUGGUGGUCUAUGCAAAUGCAAAAUUUACUGUAUAUAAGAUACUGUAGCUCAGUGCCUUUUUGUUGAUUAAUAUUGACAUUUUUGUUGUGUGCAGAUGCCAAUGUUUCCAUUUUCAGGGCCAUAAAAAGUAUUAAAUAGUAUAUUGGCAUCAAAAUGUAUGUGUAUAUAUAAUGUUACCACUUAGUCUAACAUAUAGACUGAGGAAUGGUUUAGUUGAAGGCUAGAAUCAUUCCAUUUGAAAUCUGAAAAGUGAUAUCCACUGGAAUAUUCCCUUCUCAGGGUGUUAAUUAUAGGGAUUAAAUGCUGAAGCCUUCGCACUUGUAGAGGCUCUAAAAUGCUGUAUGUUCUUU